AUGGCCUCUCCCCGUCCUGCCUCCCCUCUCACUUCGGGUGCCGAGUCCGGUCCUGACUCCAAGUCUGCUGGAGCUGGAGCUGUUGCCGCCUCCGGCUCCUCUAUCGGACGUACCUCUUCCCCUACUGCCCCCGGUGGUCCUCGCGCUGCUAUGCGCCGCCGUGCUGCAGCCGACCACAAGGAGUCUCUUCGCAAUGCCCGCCCCAGCUCAACCCGCUCUGCUGGUGCUGGUGGUUCGUCCGGCACCAUGCUGAAGCUGUACACUGACGAGAGCCCCGGUCUGCGGGUGGAUCCCGUCGUCGUCCUGGUGCUGAGUCUUGGAUUCAUCUUCUCCGUUGUCGGUCUACACGUCAUCGCGAAGAUCACCCGCAAGUUCUCCGCUUGA